AUGGUGUCGGGUACGACCAUCGUGGGCCUCUUGACCUUUAACAACUGGAUCUGCAUGAGCUCUCUCUCUCUCUUAUCGUAUGGACUCAGAGAAGACAUGCAGUUGGAGUUCUCGAGAGUCCGGAGCGCUGCUGCACAUGCGUUACGGUCGAGACUUGUCAUUGGCGCUGCUGAACCUGUUGCAAAGGAUCGCGAUAACUUUGAGAUGCUGUCGUCCAUCGAGGAAACCCUAAUUCUGCGUCUAUUGACAAGGGAGGUGACCGCAGGUCGCAACACGUUGUCGCUGCAUGAAAUCAUGGUAGCCGCUGCAACGACUCACGAAAUCGGUGAACGAGACACUGGAUGUGUUGCAUUCUGUGCUAGUGCUCUGGCAGACCGUGUGAAGAUGGAGCGAAACGCUAUCAUGUUGUUUCUCAAUGAGCCGACGAACGAUUUGACGCCCACACGGCGCCUACGACGGCGCGCAGAUGCACGCGAUCGAAAGCUCGCUCGGGUCAAGCAGUUCAUGCAGGACUAA